AAACCCAUUUGCAUAUAAAACACCGAAUGGCAAAAAACCCUUCUCAUUUCCGAAAUUCACCAAACACACAAUCAUGGCAGCUCCAAAGUUCCUACACGUCGGCACUUCAAUAUCCCGAACUACAUCCAGAGCUCUAUCGCCACUCCUUUUCCCCAGAAGACUCCCGCCAAAGCUCAUAUCUUUCAUCAAGCGCAUUUCUUCUACCGUGCUUGAUUCCGCCGGCAGCGGCGGCCCUGAUGCUCCCCAACCACACUCCACCCUCACUCACCACCCAUGGCCUGAAUGGGUUUCCUUUGUUGACGGCCUGAGGACCAAAGGUUACUUGAUCGAACCUCCUUCAGAAGAUGCGACCGAAGAUGGGACCGGUGGUGAGGCAGCUACGCCAUCCGUGACUGAUUACAGCGACAUGAACGUGUUGAAGAAUGCUUGCAUUAGCUUUGCACGCGACCGCUACGAUAUUUUCAAGUCAUUGUCCACAGAUGAUAUUCAAACGAUUGUGAAGGAUGGAUGUCCCAAUCUCUUCCGGAAAGUUGUUAAUUCAGCCAAAAGGUUGAGGGCUUAUGUGCAACUAGAUGAAGGGGACGUUUGUAGUACUUGCAACCUUCGAGGCUCCUGUGACAGAGCUUAUGUUUUUUUAAAGGAAACAGAAGCAACUGCAAGAACUGUGGAUAUAGCUCGAUUAUUGUUGACCUAUGCAUUGGAUCCACUUGUUUUGUCUGGAGGGGACAAACCAUCUGGUAGAGAGCAUGUCGAAGUCUCUGUGAGGAAAUUGCUUUCUGAGCUAUCGGAACUGAGUGAAAAACCCCUUGAUCCAGCAGCAGUGAAGGACGAUACAAAAUCUCCCCCAAGAAAAGAAAAACCAUCAAAAUUUACUAAUGAUGCCUCAACACAAGAUGUUGAGAUGAAGAGAGGAGAUUGGAUGUGUACAAAAUGCAAUUUUCUGAAUUUUUCAAGAAACAGAAGAUGUUUAAAAUGUAAUGAAGAUGGUCCUAAAAGAGUAUGGGCAAAUGAUAUUGAAAUGAAAAGUGGAGAUUGGAUUUGUCCAGAGUGCAACUUUAUGAACUUCUCAAGAAAUAUUCGAUGCUUAAAAUGCAAAACAGAGGGGCCGAGGAAGCUUAAUGGUGAAGAAAUUGAAAUGAAGAAGGGAGAUUGGGUCUGCCCACAAUGUACAUUCAUGAACUUUGCCAAUAACAAGAAGUGUUUGCGUUGUCGAAAACAUCGACCAAAGAGGGAAAUGAAUCCAGGAGAAUGGGAAUGUCCUUCGUGUGACUUUCUAAAUUAUAGAGGGAACAUGAGCUGCCGCAAGUGCAAUGUUGAGCGUCCUAAACAAAAAAUAAGUGCCGAGUAUGAGGAGCAACUAUGGGAGUCACCCAGGGAAAGAUGAUGUUCAAGGCCAACAACUUGAUUAAAUUUUGGAAUGUUUGGCGAUUGAGUUAUUUUUCCAUUAGCUGUAUUAUUUUAUGGCGUUAAAUUAGUAUUUUAAUUCCCUCUGUUCAAUUCCAAGGAGUUUUGUCUAGAAAUCUUAUUGGAAGAAGAGGUAUUUGACUUAAUAUUUGAGAGUUAAAAAAAAUUGAUUAAAAUCA